UUUUUUUUUUAAUUUUUUUAUUUAUUUAUUUUUUUAAAUAUCUAUUAGUUUUUGGUGUUUAAGAAAGAAAGAAUUAUUUCCAAAAUCAAAAAGGAAAGAAAGAAAGAAGCCACUUCACGGACGAACGGGUUGUUUGAUGAUUGACAUCCUCACGGGAAGCACAUGAGGUAACGCGCAUGCUAUCACUGGCAACCGGGUUAUUCUGACUCACAACUCCAUUGACAGAGCCGGAAAACCUGCCAACACCACUGCUGCUCCGCCUGCCGGAGACUCCACACUCAACCCAUCACCAAAUCAAUUCAUAUCUCCUUCACUUUUCUCAUUCUUCAAAACCCAUCUAAGGGUUCAUUACCUGUCAAAUCUCCAAAUUCAAAUUUUUGGUGUCAAAGGUUUUGUUUUUCCUCAUCUGGGCAUCUCAGAUUUAACUCGGGAAGCUUUGAAAACCAAAAGAUUUAGGCCCUUCACAGACAAAGAUGAGAACACCAGCAAAGGGUCACCACGAAGAGGAAGAGUAUGAGGACGAUGAGUAUGGCUCCAAGAAAGAAGGCCCUUCUUCAAAUAAUAACUCCAAUAGCAAAGAUGCUAAGAAUAAUGAUAAGGCUAGUGCUGUACGAUCAAAACAUUCAGUGACAGAGCAGCGGAGGAGGAGCAAGAUAAAUGAGAGAUUCCAGAUAUUGAGAGAUCUCGUACCUCACAGUGACCAAAAAAGAGACACGGCUUCAUUUCUACUAGAGGUGAUUGAGUAUGUUCAAUUUUUACAGGAAAAGGUACACAAGUUUGAGGGUUCAUACCAAGGAUGGAGUGCAGAGCCCACAAAGUUGAUACCUUGGAGAAACAGUCAUUGGCGUGUUCAGAAUUUUGUUGGUCAUCCUCCUCAAAACAUAAAAAAUGGACCAGCAGCAGCAUUUCCGGGAAAAUUUGAUGAGAGUCACAUCUCAAUCUCCCCAACUAUGCUCACAAGUCCACAAAAUUUGGUGGAGUCGGAUCCUAGCAGGGAUGUUGCUUGCAAGACCUUGGAUCGUCAGCCAGAGGCAGCAAACAAGGGAGUUUCUCUACCAAUACCUACAUUAGCCUGUAUGUCUACACGCACAAGUGAUGGUAUGCUGACACAGCCUCUUCAGAUACCAGUAGAAUCACAAUCAACUCAGUGUCCUACAACAAGCGAUGGGCAGAACCAACCAGAUGAAUUUAUGGUUGAAGGGGGGACAAUUAGUGUCACAAGUGCUUACUCUCAAGGGUUGUUAAACACUCUGGCCCAAGCGUUGCAGAACGCAGGUUUAGACCUGUCACAGGCCAGCAUCUCAGUGCAAAUUGAUCUUGGCAAGCGUGCUAACAAAUUACUAUCUUCUGGGACAUCUGUUUCCAAGUAUUGUCAUUUUGGGUCUUCAUUCCAGGAUUAUGAAAAUGUCCCCUCUAGCAAUCAAACUAUUGGGCAUCGUAGAGAUGCAGGUGUUGGGGAAGAUUCAGAUCAAGGCCAAAAGCGGCUCAAAACAUAGAAGAGUAUUUUUUUCUGGGACCUCAUUGUUCUUUUUGGCUUAUAAUUUACUGGCUGCUUCUUGUUUUUUCUUGUUUUGAACCUCCUUGGGUCAUCUCGAGUGGGUGCGGUUGCUCUAGUCUGCUAUAUGGGUUGUAGAAUACGUAGAUUAUUCUGAAUGUAUCAAAAUGAGCUUGUUAAGUGGUUCAUUUUCUGGUAAAUAAGUUGGUUCCUGUUCUCUGGCUCAUUUAGGCUUUAGUUGUUCAAUGCUACAAGUCUGAAGUUAUUUGUACUGCCAUCUAACAUUAAUUUCUUCUGGGGUGCUAAAUUUAUGUUAACAAAGUUUGAUUUGUUAAAA